AUGGAGUGGACGCUCUGCCUGGGGAGCAGAUGUGACCGCGGGGCCAGGGAUGCCUACCUGCCACAAGCCGUGGGGACAGCUGGGGCCCUGCCUGACCGCUUCCCCAGUCCACCCCACCCCGUCACCGCCAGGGCCCUCUACUCUGGGUCUGCAACCCCCCAAGGCCCUCCAUCUCCCCCAGACCCUCCCUCUCCCCCAGACCCUCCCUCUCCCCCAGACCCUCCCUCUCCCCCAGACCCUUCUCCCCCAGACCCUCCCUCUCCCCCAGGCCCUCCAUCUCCCCCAAAGAACCCCCAGGUCCUCCAUCUGCCCCCCAGACCCCCCAUCUGCUCCCCUGUGAACCCUACACCCUCCAUCAGCCCCCCAGACCCUCCCUAUCCCCCAGACCCUCCAUCUGCCCCAGACCCUCCCUCUCCCCCAGAACCUCCCUCUCCCCCAGACCCUCCCUCUCCCCCAGACCCUCCCUCUCCCCCAGACCCUCCAUCUCCCCCAGAACCUCCAUCUCCCCCAGACCCUCCGUCUCCCCCAGACCCUCCCUCUCCCCCAGACCCUCCCUCUCCCCCAGACCCUCCCUCUCCCCCAGACCCUCCAUCUCCCCCAGACCCUCCGUCUCCCCCAGACCCUCCCUCUCCCCCAGACCCUCCAUCUCCCCCAGACCCUCCCUCUCCCCCAGACCCUCCAUCUCCCCCAGACCCUCCCUCUCCCCCAGACCCUCCCUCUCCCCCAGACCCUCCAUCUCCCCCAGACCCUCCCUCUCCCCCAGACCCUCCAUCUCCCCCAGACCCUCCCUCUCCCCCAGGCCCUCCCUCUCCCCCAGACCCUCCCUCUCCCCCAGACCCUCCCUCUCCCCCAGACCCUCCCUCUCCCCCAGACCCUCCCUCUCCCCCAGACCCUCCCUCUCCCCCAGACCCUCCCUCUCCCCCAGACCCUCCAUCUCCCCCAGACCCUCCCUCUCCCCCAGACCCUCCCUCUCCCCCAGACCCUCCAUCUGCCCCAGACCCUCCCUCUCCCCCAGACCCUCCCUCUCCCCCAGGCCCUCCAUCUCCCCCAGACCCUCCAUCUCCCCCAGACCCUCCCUCUCCCCCAGACCCUCCCCCUCCCCCAGACCCUCCCUCUCCCCCAGAACCUCCCUCUCCCCCAGACCCUCCCUCUCCCCCAGACCCUCCAUCUGCCCCAGACCCUCCCUCUCCCCCAGACCCUCCCUCUCCCCCAGACCCUCCAUCUCCCCCAGAACCUCCCUCUCCCCCAGACCCUCCCUCUCCCCCAGACCCUCCCUCUCCCCCAGACCCUCCCUCUCCCCCAGACCCUCCAUCUCCCCCAGAACCUCCCUCUCCCCCAGACCCUCCCUCUCCCCCAGACCCUCCCUCUCCCCCAGACCCUCCAUCUCCCCCAGACCCUCCCUCUCCCCCAGACCCUCCAUCUCCCCCCAGACCCUCCCCCAGACCAUCCCCCUCCCCCAGACCCUCCCUCUCCCCCAGACCAUCCCCCUCCCCCAGACCCUCCAUCUCCCCCAGACCAUCCCCCUCCCCC